CCAGUGCCACCAAAAUCGAAGAUGAAUUGUAAUUCAAGUGAAAGUGAGACAGAUGCAAGCACGGCAUCCAUUGUAAGAAGAUACAGACAAUACAGAAAAGUAAGAAAUAAUGUUCAACUGUUUGGAGAUUAUUAGAUUAUUGUUGUAGUCAGGGUUAAUAGUUUGUUUAUGUAACUACCAUAUCAUAACACUGACUUUUUCAUGUCACAGUUGUAAUUGUUUUGUCAUAAUCAAGUUGUUAUUAUUUCCAGGCAGAGAGAACACAGAAAUGCAGUGUUGGUGUACAAGUUGGACAGGUGAAGAUUUAGUUUAGAAUUGUUUCAGUUAUGUCUAGUGAGCUUGUCAGGCACCACAGAGAGUUAGUUUGGGUUAAAAAAACGUUUUUAAUUUUAUCACAGUCCUUGGAAAGCGAAGUUGGUACACAGACACAAACAUCAAAUGCAGUGAGUCUCCGAGCCCCAUCACAAGUUGUUGUCGCUUCACCGCAACGUACAGGACCAACGUUGGUUGCUUCUAGAACUGCUGAAGCAUCUACACAAUACCCAGAGCCAGCAGCAUUGACCCCAGCACGCUGGGUGGAACCAGUCGCUGUGAUCUGCAAGCCAAACCACCCAUUUCCAUCUAAUCACAUCAAUCCACUGGAUGAUGCUGGCGAUCGUCCAAUUAAUCCAACUGUCAAUCAAAAUUGUGCAGGACAAACAUGCAACUGCCAGGGUCCCGAUUACGCAGCAUUACUUGCAGAGUUGGUUGUCGACGUCAACGACCUCAAACUUGACAGAAAUCGAUCGAUGGAAACUUCUCGUUCAACAAAAUUGGAUUACAGAAACACACACCAUGAGAAUAGAUUCUUUUGUAGAAGAGAUGCAUGGCACUCUGACGACAGUUCUCCAAGCAGAAACGAUGUUAUGCAUCCGGAGACCAGGAAAAAUAGUAGGAGAGAUACAAGGGAAUAUGAGAGGUGCUCAAGUAGAAGAGAUGCAUGGUAUCCUAUGGACAGAUCUCCUAAUAGGAGAGAUACAAUGCAUCCAGAGGUCAGGGGAAAUAGUAAAAGAGACGCAAGGCAUUACGGAGAUGGAUCUGUAUGCACGAUAAAUAUAGGUUACCCUGAGGAUAAAUCAUCCAGCAGAAGAGAAAAAUGGCAUUAUGAGAGUCGAUCUCCAGAUAGGAGAGAUAUAAUACACCCUGAGGCCAGGAGUUGUAGUAGAAAAGAUACAUGGCACGCUGAGGAUAGAUCUCAAAGUAGGAGAGAUAUAGUGCAGCCAGUGUCAAGGGAAAACAUUAUUAGAGACACAGUGUAUUCUGUAGACAGUUCAUCCAGCAGUAAUACAUUCGGCUCUCAAUCUAUUUUUAAUCAAACAACUCAGAAUGCCUUUGAGCGACUGAAAAAAAGAUUUAAAACGGAAUUUCAGAAAACUGCCGUGGGCUUCGUUAAACAAGAAGCAGUUCGAGAGGAAUUGUCAUCUCACUAAAUGUCAAAAUACUGCUGACUUGUGUUUAUAUUUUCUUCCUUUUUAUAAAUAAAAAUAAAAUGAAAAAAUUGUCUUCUUGUUACUGAAUAACCUAGUCACAAUUAGGCCUUUUAUUCUUUUCGGUUAUCUAGGCUACGGGUUACAACAUAUCGCCCGCUAGCGUGUCCAAAGUAUAACGACCGAGAAAAAGUGAAAAACUAAGGUUAUUCGGCUUCCAGACUCUGCAAAACCGGGAUGUCCGCUAGAUGCAACUCAAUGCACACACAGACACAACAAAGAAUACGUUACGCAAACAUAUUCGUGUAAAUGUAAAAAUCAAAUUUUAUGUUGUUUUUUUUAUUCCCCACAUAAGUGAUUACUGAAAGAAUGAUUAUAAUUUCAACUGGAGAAGAAUUUUUAAUAUUCAGCAGAAAAUAUGUAAACAACGAUUUACAGAGAACAAGUGCGAGAAAUAAAACAUGAAACAACACGUUAAGUUAUCUGGGUUAGCUGCAAAUAUGAACACGAUUAUAAGCAGCAUAUUUAAGUUCACUUGAUUUUGAUACAAC